AUGCCGGUGCCACCGCCUCCAGAUCUUCGCGGCAAGGUCGCCAUCGUCACCGGGGGCUCCCGCGGUGUCGGUCGCGAGACCUGCCUCGCGCUCGCGCGGUGCGGAGCGCACGUGGUGGUGGCGGCCAAGUCCGCCACGCCCCAGCCCACGCUCCCCGGCACCAUCUACACCGUCGCCGAGGAGGUGGAAGCCAUCGGGCGAGCCACCGGCGCGAGGGCGCUUCCGUUCCGGCUGGACCUGCGCGACGAGGCCGACUGCAUCGCGUGCGUCGACGCCACCGUCGCGCGCUUCGGACGCGUCGACAUCCUCGUCAACAACGCCAGCGCGCUGUGGUGGCACACGAUCGCGGAGACGCCGACGAAAAAGUUUGACCUCAUCCACGCCAUCAACGCGAGGGGCGCGUUCGUCAUGACCCGCCAGUGCCUCCCGCACAUGUUCAGAGGCGGGUACGGGCGGGUCGUGUGCAUGGGACCACCCCUGCCGACGUCGUACCGCGCCUACGCGGGCAAGACGGCGUACUACAUGUCGAAGUGCGGCAUGACGAUGGUGGCGCUGGGCGCCGCCGCGGAGGCGGAGGGUGCGGUUGGGGAGAGCGUCGACUUCGCGGGGAACUCGCUGUGGCCGGCGACGAUCGUGGAGUCCCUGGCGUCCGAGAACUUCCAGCUCGGGGAGCGACGGUACUGGAGGAAAGCGACGAUCCUGGCGGACUGCGUGACACAGCUGUGCGCGCCGAACACGGGGGGUGCCGUCACCGGUCGCGCUCUCGUGGAUGACGAGUACCUGAGAAGCGUCGGCGCGACCGACGACGAUCUUAAAAGGUACCGGUGCGACCCAAAGUUUGAGCCGCCGAGGUUGCUGGCGGGGACGGACGUUACGGGCGUUACGACGGGCGGCGGGGACUGGGACGUCAGGCGGGGGGACGUGAGAUCGCUGAGCAGGGACAAGGCCAGGAGCAAGCUGUGA